AUGGCUUCGGGGUACGGCUCUGGCGCCCCUGCCGAUCGGUAUCACGGUGGUCCUCCUCCUCCUCCCAGCUUGGAUGUCGGGUACCCAGACGACAGGAAUUGGCAACAGAGCGGCCACCACACGCCGGACAGGUCUAUGGCCUCGCCCACCCUUUCGCCCAAGCCAAACACAAACAACCAGCCCGGCCCUCCAGCCCGUGACUGGAACACAGAAGACCGUCAAGUCGCCAACCGAACCCACCCACCCCGACAGAGAUCCACGCGGUCAGCGAGCGGCCAGGUCCGAAUAUGCGAAAAAUGCGGUCUACAAUUGACCGGCCAGUUCGUUCGCGCUCUCGAAGGCACAUAUCAUCUAGAUUGCUUCAAAUGUCGUGACUGUGGACAGAUUGUCGCCUCGAAAUUCUUCCCCGUCGACGAUGAGAAUGGCAACGGCCAGUACCCCCUUUGCGAGACGGAUUACUUCCGACGCCUGGGUCUCCUCUGCUACCAGUGCGGCCAAGCUCUUCGUGCAUCCUACAUCACUGCUCUCGACCGCAAAUACCAUGUCGACCACUUUACCUGUUCGGUGUGUCCAACAGUAUUUGGCGCGUCGGACAGCUACUACGAACACGAUGGCCAGGUCUAUUGCCACUACCAUUAUUCGACCCAGUUUGCCCAGCGGUGUAAUGGCUGCCAGACAGCCAUCCUCAAGCAGUUUGUCGAAAUCUUCCGGAACGGCCAGAACCAGCAUUGGCAUCCGGAAUGUUACAUGAUCCAUAAGUUUUGGAACGUGCGUUUGAGCGAAUCGAGCCACCCCCCGAAAACCCUCCAGGCUCCCGAGGAUAACAUGGGUCGUGACCUGGUCAAGGAAGAGGAGGAACGCAUGGAGGAAAAGGUGUAUCGCAUUUGGAGUGUGCUCUCAGCCUUUGAAGAGUCUUCAGCCGCCUGCAUAUCGGAUAUGCUUCUACACGUGAGUAACGGCGCUUUCUUGGACGGUGUUCUCGUAGCCAAGCGCUUCAUCUCCCACGUCGAGGUGUUGUUCCGUUCCAUGGAUCGCUUGAAUGCCAAUAUGAACAAUCUCAACGUCAAACCAAUGUCAUAUGGCAGAGAAGCAAAACUGCUCUGCAAGAAGAUCGUUGCCUUCUUCUCUCUUCUAUCAAAAGCUCAAGAUGCCGAAGCUAAGAAGGUCGGCGUGACGCAAGAGUUGUUGUCUCUGGUCACUGGCCUGGCUCAUUAUCUUAAACUUCUUAUCCGCAUAUGCCUCCAGGGUGCACUAAGAUUAGAACAGGAAUCGCGUUCUUCGGACGGUCUCUACCAGUUUCUCGACGACCUUAGCGACCUCGAGUCUCUCAGGCUAGAAGACAACUCCCUCCAGGUCCUUAACGGAUCCUCAAAACUUUCCGCCAAGGACUCGGAUCACUGCGCGCUGUGCGGAAAGUCGGUCGAAGACGAGUGCGCCCUGAACGGAAACUUGCGAUGGCACAUUGCCUGCGUUGGAUGCACUCGAUGCGGAAAGGAUCUCGGACGGAGACUGCAGGAGGCCCGGUUCAACGCCUUCGAUAAGAUGACAUACUGUAGCAACUGCAUUGCUAUCAACACUGAGGAGAUGCCACCUUUUGAGCAUAUUACCAAGUUGCAACAAUACGUUUUCCUUCUCAAGGUCGCGCUAGCGAGACUUCUAGACAUGCUUCGAAGUUCAGGCGUCAUCCCCCCUGCGGAGGGUCCUGGAGCGAAUGGCCAUGGUGUGUCGGACGGGUAUGGUGCUUCGACACCUUCGGAACAGACUGGAGCGGUCCAGAGGACCCCACUAGAACAGAGGUCGAGAACAUAUCCCGGAGCCGGGGAGAAAGAUAGGAAUCGCGAAUCAACCUACGAAAACACCCUGAACGACGUUAGGCGAUUGCGCAGUACACGUCUCGACAAGCAUCUCUCGUCAAGUUUUAGGAAGGCUAGGACGUCGAGGAUCAUGGACGGCCCCGAGGGUCGCAGCGUCCGACCUGGAUCAGCUGGCGGAGACGAACAGAGCCGGCCUGGCCAGCAGUUUCAUAUCGUCGAGGAUCGGAAUGCCAACGACGCCGGAACGACGGAUACGAUGUUCGGAAAUAAUGAUGCACUCACGCUCGACGACAUCCCUAGGAUAGUCGCCGCCGAGCAAGUCCGGGAAAAGGCAAAACCCACGCAACAAGGUCUCUUCAGGUCGGCAAGCGCGGCCGUCGGAAGGCCAGGAGGAAGCCACCAAAGAUCUCUAUCCGCUGGAAGAGACGAGGAUAGAGGCAUGAGUGACGCGAUACCUCAGCGAGGCGGAAGGCGAUUCUUCUCGGAACUCUCUGGACUAGAGUACUUCAUCGUUCGGCAUUUGGCCGUCUUGACUAUGCAACCGAUGCUUGGCGAUGAAUUCCCGCUGGAGGAACUUUUGAGCUUUAUCGAAUCGCGGAAACCCACGACCUUUUGGAAGAACCUGAGCAAGGCAUUCAAGAACGACAAGAAGCCCGUGAAGAAGAAGGGUGUCUUUGGUGUGCCGCUCGAGCUGAUAAUCGAGCGCGACGGGGCCGAUUCAACGGACGGCGUUGGUCCCGGUGCCCUCCGAAUCCCUGCGGUCCUCGACGACUUGAUAAGCUCAAUGAGGAAGAUGGAUCUAUCGGUGGAGGGAGUCUUCCGUAAGAACGGGAACAUCAAGAAGUUGGGAGAACUCCGUGAUAUCAUUGAUAGGGAUGGAUCUGAUGCUGUCAACUUCAUGGAACAACCCGUGGUGCAGGUGGCGGCCUUGUUGAAACGAUAUCUCCGUGAGCUUCCCGAUCCGUUGAUGACAUACAAACUGUACAGGUUGUGGAUCGCGGCCGCCAAGAUCCCCGAUGACGACAAGAGGAGGCAAUGCCUUCAUUUGGCCUGCUGUCUGCUGCCAAAAUGUCACCGCGACGCGCUCGAGAUCUUGUUUUGUUUCCUCAAAUGGGCCGGCUCCUUCCAUCAGGUAGAUGACGAGUCGGGUUCUAAGAUGGAUAUUAAGAAUCUGGCUACUGUCAUCGCCCCCAACAUUCUCUUUGCCAACGAUAAAGCUCCGGCUUUGGACAGCGACCACAUGUUUGCCAUUGUGGCUGUCGAGACCCUAAUCAACUAUCUUGAGGAAAUGUGUCUGGUGCCCGAUGAACUUGCGAGCCUUGCCAGCGACCCCUACCUCUUCGGUGGAAAUGGGGAAAUCACCACAAAGGAAAUCCUAAAGAGAUUCCAAGAGCUGCAAGGCCAACGUCCCAACCCAGCCAUUUCGGAUAUCAAGGAGGUAUACAAUAGGCAAGACAUGUCAACGCGGCCACCACCUAGGAGGGUGGAUACGGACCCUUCGCUUUGGCAGCAAGAGAGCAGCGCGCGACCGAUGCAAGAACCCUCAUUCACGUACCCAAACUCUGGCCCGGCAACCCCAUCGGCGGACGCGUGGCGGGGCCGCGAAGAACCUGGCCAUACGCAUAUGUCCCCGUAUGCGCAGAAGCUUGAUCACUCCGAGCCACAGCUUAGCCCCCCUAACCAUGAUCUCAACCAAGGAAGGGAGUGGCGCAACUCGGGAUGGGGCAGACAGGGCAGCGGAGUGGCGAUGGGCAACUAA